UCUCGACAUGAGCUCCCCUACACGUAUACUGUUGCUUUUGGCGCCAGUUUUCGCUGUCGCAGUUGCCUCGAGUGAAAAUACUGUAACAGUGCCAGUAGGCAGUGGGUCAGUGGUGGGUCUUAAUGUGACUUCGAUUGCAGGAAAGCAAUAUUACAGUUUCAGAAGAAUACCUUAUGCUGUACCCCCAGUUGGGAGUCUCAGAUUCCAGGAUCCAGUGCCUUUUGUUUUAAAUGAAACAGUAGAUGCAACUAAGAGCUCUCCAUUUUGCACACAAGAGCUAAUAGCUGGAAUAACAUAUGGACAAGAGGACUGUCUGUAUCUCAAUGUAUAUACUCAGAAGCUACCUCAAGAAACUGCUAAUAUAGAUGCCACUGUUUUAGUUUGGAUACAUGGCGGAUCUUUCAAAUCUGGUUCUGGAAAUGAUCUAAUGUAUGCACCAGACUACAUUAUGGAGGUAGAUGAUGUAAUACUUGUGACAAUCAACUACAGGUUGGCAGCAAUUGGUUACCUAAGCACACAGGACAGUAUAAUUCCAGGAAACAGAGGUUUUAAAGACCAGGUUUUGGCUCUACAAUGGGUGAAGGAGAAUAUAGCUGCCUUUGGUGGCAAUCCUGAACGAGUCACAAUAUUUGGAGAAAGUGCAGGAAGCACAUCGAUUACAUAUCAUCUCAUGUCUCCCAAAUCAUCUGGGCUGUUUCAGCGAGCCAUUGCAAUGAGUGGCUGCAUAUUAAAUCCACGUGCAAUAGCAGCACCUGCACGGGAUCGAGCAUUCCGCUUUGCAAGGGCGCUUGGCUACACUGGGAGUGACUCCUCAGAGGAUUUACUAGAUUUCUUGAACUCACUGAGCGGAGCUGAACUAGUGCAAGAUGAUCAGCGAGCUCUUUCUGAAGAGGACAAGCGUCGUUUUGACACACUGGUUUUUAUGGGUGUAAUAGAGCCUGAGAGUGAGACAGCAUUCCUGAGUUCCAGACCAGAAGAUGUUCUUCUUAGUGGAAAUGUAAAUGCUGUGCCACUGCUGAUUGGUGAUUUAAGUGGUGAAUGCAUUGCAAAUGUUGUAUCAAAAGGACUGACAACAAAUGCAUCUGUGGCUCAAGACUUAGAUGAAAAUUUUGAAGAAAUUAUUGGACUUGAUGUUCGUGCUCCAGAUGCUGAGACACAAAGGCAGGUUGCACAGAAACUGCGUGCCCUAUAUUAUCAAGAUGAGCCUAUCACUACAGAAAGCUUUAAUGAAACAGAAGAGAUGAUGAGUGACUUGUAUUUUGUGGAGCCAGUGGACUACCUAGUACGAAUUCUGGCAAAUCAGACAGUACCCGUUUACUACUACCAUUUCUCAUACAAGGGACCGCAUGCUGCAUAUCCACAAUAUUCAGGUGUGGCACAUGCAGAUGAAUUGAAAUAUCUUUUCCCAUCAUCAGCUGGUGAAGUGGACUCAGAUCCAGCAUCAGGCGAAUAUCAAACACGCAUAAGAAUGGUUAAGAUGUGGACAAAUUUUGCAAAAACAGGAAAUCCAACCCCAGAGCCUGUGAAUGGGACAUUGUGGGAUAUUUAUGGGUCUAAUCGUAAUUAUCUGGAGAUUGGAGAGAUGUUGCAAAUGAAGUCCAACCUGUGGGGUGAGAAGUUAGACUAUUUGCAUGAACUAAUGCCACUACGAACCACAACCUGAAGGUGAUGAACGAUUUGGAUUGAAGACUGGUAGACUUAACUAAUU